AAACAAAGUAGUGCGGCAGACUGUCCAGUACCGGAGUAUUCUGCGUUUUAUUGGCACAGAACCGGUGGUUAGCGCCUGUUCAAUCAUCAGGACCGACGGAAGAAAUGCUUCUUUCUUUGGGUUUGACAUAAAUAAGAGCUGAGUGAAGGCAGCAGCAGAAUAACAUGGCCCACAAUUCCAUCCACUGGUUCCGGAAGGGUCUCCGUCUGCAUGACAACCCUGCUCUGCGAGAGGCAGUUCGUGGCGCAGGAACGGUGCGUUGUGUUUACUUCCUGGACCCGUGGUUUGCAGGCUCGUCCAAUGUCGGGGUCAACAGGUGGAGGUUUCUCCUUCAGUGUUUGGAGGAUCUGGAUGCCAGCCUGCGAAAGCUGAACUCGCGCCUUUUUGUCAUCAGGGGCCAACCCGCUAAUGUGUUCCCGCGUCUCUUCAAGGAGUGGAAGAUUUCUCGGCUGACCUUUGAAUAUGAUUCGGAGCCAUUCGGGAAAGAGAGGGACGCCGCCAUCAAGAAGCUGGCCACGGAGGCGGGGGUGGAGGUCAUCGUUAAGAUUUCACACACCCUGUAUGACCUUGACAAGAUCAUAGAGCUGAAUGGCGGGCAGCCUCCUUUGACCUACAAACGUUUCCAGACCCUGAUUAGUCGGCUGGAUCCUCCUGAGAUGCCUGUGGAAACGUUAUCAGAUGCCCUGAUGGGGCGCUGUGUCACGCCCAUCUCCGAAGACCACGGAGACAAAUACGGAGUUCCGUCUCUGGAGGAGUUAGGCUUCGACACCGAGGGCCUGCCUUCAGCUGUGUGGCCAGGAGGAGAGACGGAGGCACUGACCAGGAUAGAGCGCCAUCUGGAGAGGAAGGCGUGGGUUGCUAAUUUCGAGCGUCCCCGGAUGAACGCUAACUCCCUGCUGGCUAGCCCCACAGGCCUCAGCCCAUACCUGCGCUUCGGCUGCCUCUCCUGCCGUCUUUUCUACUUCAAGCUCACUGACCUCUACCGCAAGGUGAAAAAGAACAGUUCUCCUCCACUCUCCCUGUACGGCCAGUUACUGUGGCGGGAAUUCUUCUACACAGCGGCAACCAGCAACCCACGAUUUGACAAAAUGGAAGGAAACCCGAUCUGUGUCCGCAUCCCCUGGGACAAGAAUCCUGAAGCACUGGCCAAAUGGGCUGAGGCCAAGACCGGUUUUCCCUGGAUAGAUGCCAUUAUGACUCAGCUGAGGCAGGAGGGCUGGAUCCACCACCUGGCCCGGCACGCUGUGGCCUGUUUCCUCACCAGAGGCGACCUUUGGAUCAGCUGGGAGGAAGGGAUGAAGGUCUUCGAGGAGCUGCUGCUGGAUGCAGACUGGAGUGUGAAUGCAGGCAGCUGGAUGUGGCUGUCCUGCAGUUCAUUUUUCCAGCAGUUUUUCCACUGCUACUGUCCCGUGGGCUUCGGCCGGCGCACCGACCCCAACGGUGACUUCAUCAGACGUUACUUACCUGUCCUCCGAGGUUUUCCUGCCAAGUUCAUCUACGACCCCUGGAACGCUCCAGAGUCUGUGCAGGCAGCCGCCAAGUGCAUAAUCGGCAUCCAUUACCCCAAGCCGAUGGUCCACCACGCUGAGGCGAGCCGGCUCAACAUCGAGAGGAUGAAGCAGAUCUACCAGCAGCUGAGCCGAUACCGUGGACUGGGCCUGCUGGCAUCAGUUCCAUCGACUCAUGGGAAUGGAAAUGGAGGAAUGAUGGCGUACUCUCCAGGAGAGCAGCACCCAGGGACCAACAACAACAACACUUUACACUUGCCCGGAAUGUCAGGAAGCUCUGUUGCUGCGGUUAACGGCAGCGGGAGCAUCCUGCUUAACUUUGACAGUGAGGAGCAGACUGGACCGAGCGGCGCUGGGCAAAAGCAACCUCGAGCACCGCCGCCACAACAGCACGGUUACAACUCUGUUCCAGACCCCAGCCAGACCGGCCCCAGCAGCCGGCUCUACCACGAGUUCGCUGUACCACAACACCCAGCACUCCUCCUGCACGCCAGAGGCAGCGUCACAGGGAAACGGGAACGUGAAGGGUCAGGCGAGGAAGACCCAACGUCACACUCCAUCCACAAGAUGCAGAGGCAGAGUGCAGAGACGACCUAAAGCAGGUGGACACGGUCAGGAUCAGUGGACGUAGGAAAUCCCCACCGUCACCGUACAUGUCUGCCACCGCACAGAACCCUGCUCUGUGCAUUUUAUUCUCACACAUUCCCCGGGGUGUAAACAGAGGUGAAAAUGUGAUGUCUGCUUCAGGCACCGACCUCGUGUGCCCUCCUCUAAAGCUGGCGCGGGAACAAAAAGUAGCUCCAUAAAUUCUUUAAAAGAAAACAACUGCAGUAUUUGUCGUCAGACCCCUACCAGCAGCUGGUACGUUUUUUUAAACGUGUGUGUGUGUCUGUAACUGAAUGUUCUCAAGCUGCAAACGUCGGCCAGGCCGCACAAACCAACCCGCCGACCAAUCCAGGAACAGUGAAGGUGGCACCACUUCUCACUUUCAUGUCUAUCGUGUGUUGUCUGAUGUCGUCGAAAAGCUUGCAAAUAGGCAAACAGGAUUUUUUUAAAACAAAUUUAACAAUUUACGCCCCGCCCCCUCCCCAUAAUAAUGAAUAACUCGACAACCAAAAAUGUCACACACGUCCCUGUGGUGCUCACAGUAACAGUCUGCUGGUCCGUUUUAGGGACUUUACUGAAAAUAUUGGUGCAAUUUUGUGUUUAUUAGUUAGGAAUUUCUACAGCUACCCCCCCCACACACACCCACCACAAAUGAAUCACGGGCAGGGUAUGAUGUCAUACAUGAGCUGAUCUCUGCUGGAUGAAUUUAAACCUCUCCAGUGUUUUUACUCGAUGUGGCUUCACAAGUCAGUUACAUUUUCACCUCUUAGUUUCUCCCCACAAAUGCUGAUU